GAUGACGUGCCAAUCAAGGAGAUCAACAUCACUAACCAUGUGAAGGAGGGAUCAGAGAAGGCCGACCCACGACAGUUCGAGCUCCGCAAAGUCCUGGGACAAGGCUCCUUCGGCAAGGUGUUUCUGGUGAGGAAGAUCACAGGGCCAGACGCCGGUCAGCUGUACGCCAUGAAAGUCCUGAAGAAAGCAACACUGAAAGUGCGUGACCGGGUCAGGACAAAGAUGGAGAGAGACAUCCUGGUGGAGGUCAACCAUCCCUUCAUCGUCAAACUGCACUACGCGUUUCAGACGGAGGGGAAGCUCUACCUGAUCCUGGACUUCCUCAGAGGAGGAGAUCUAUUCACUCGUCUCUCUAAGGAGGUAAUGUUCACAGAGGAGGAUGUGAAGUUUUACUUGGCGGAGCUCGCGUUGGCCCUCGAUCACCUUCACAGCCUGGGCAUCAUUUACAGAGACCUCAAGCCAGAGAACAUCCUGCUGGAUGAGGAGGGACACAUCAAGCUGACCGACUUUGGCCUCAGUAAGGAGUCGAUAGACCACGAGAACAAGGCCUACUCCUUCUGUGGGACGGUGGAGUACAUGGCUCCGGAGGUGGUGAACAGGCGAGGACACACGCACAGCGCCGACUGGUGGUCGUACGGCGUGCUGAUGUUUGAGAUGCUGACGGGAACGCUGCCGUUUCAAGGCAAAGACCGGAAAGAGACGAUGACCAUGAUCCUCAAGGCCAAGUUGGGAAUGCCGCAGUUUUUGAGUUCGGAAGCUCAGAGUCUCCUCAGGAACCUUUUCAAACGCAACCCCGGCAACAGAUUAGGAGCUGGACCAGACGGCGUGGAGGAGAUCAAGAGGCAUCAGUUCUUCAGCACCAUCGACUGGAAUCAGCUGCACAGAAGCACGUCCCAGUUCUCAGACGCCUACGAGAUCAAAGAGGACAUCGGUGUCGGGUCCUACUCCAUCUGUAAGCGCUGCCUACACAAAGGGACCGGCAUGGAGUACGCAGUCAAGAUCAUCAACAAGGCCAAGAGAGACCCGACGGAGGAGGUGGAGAUCCUGCUGAGAUACGGACAACAUCCCAACAUCAUCACCCUGAAGGAUGUGUACGACGACGGCCGGUCGGUGUUCUUGGUGACGGAGCUGAUGAAAGGAGGCGAGCUGUUGGACAAAAUCCUCCGACAGAAGUUUUUCUCUGAGAGAGAAGCCAGCGCUGUGCUCUACACCAUCACCAAGACUUUGGAGUACCUGCACGUACAGGGGGUGGUGCACAGAGACCUGAAACCCAGUAACAUUCUCUACGUGGACGAGAGCGGGAACGCCGAGUCCAUCAGGAUCUGCGACUUCGGUUUCGCCAAACAGCUGAGAGCAGAGAACGGCCUGCUCAUGACUCCGUGUUACACCGCCAACUUUGUGGCACCCGAGCUUUCCUUUUUUCACUGUAUGUUUUUUCGCUCACGUUUGACCUCUGACCCUCCUCAGGACCUGGUGUCCAAGAUGCUGCACGUCGACCCUCACCGGCGGCUGACGGCGGGUCAGGUCCUCCGACACCCGUGGGUGACGCACAGAGACCAGCUGCCCAAAUACACCCUGAACAGACAGGACGCGCCGCACCUGGUCAAGGGUGCGAUGGCUGCCACCUACUCGGCCCUGAACAGGAACGUCCCCCCGGUCCUGGAGCCGGUGGGCUGCUCCACUCUGGCGCAGCGGAGGGGGAUGAAGAAGAUCACCUCCACCGCUCUGUGACCUUUAACCCCGCCACCCCACACUCCCCCUCAACUCUGACCUCGAUCUGACGUCCGCCGGACCCCCUUCCCUCCCCUCUCUCUCUCUCUCUCUGAUCCAGUCCGGUGGGACAGACUACUGAUGGACCCAGGAACCGCUAACGCCAAAUAGGAACGACCGAGACCGCCGCCCCCCUGCCCCGCCCUUCCUGCACCUCAACGGACUCUUCUGAUUGGAUCUCGCGGCUGGCUAUCGACAGCCGGACUGAGCUGUGAUGAAUACCUGUCGACUCUUUUGUCUUUGCUUCGGACAAUCAGCGCCACCUUGUGGACCCGGAGACCGAGUGUGCGCCAGGAAAAGAAAAGUACUGUAUUUAUUUACUUAAAACGGGGAAAUCUGAACAUAGGAACAUGGUAAACUAAUGUAUGCAUUUAAAGAGCUAGGAUCAUUGUAAUUAUACUGUCGUUAUGGUUCUGCGUAGCUGUAGAUCCGGUAUUUAAACCUCAAGUAGCCUCUGAGAUGACGGCGUCUGCAGAAAAAGGAAAGAAGGUGUUCAAAGUUUGCUUUCGAGAGUUACCUUCAGAACUACAGAAACCCAGACGUAGGAGAGAUAACAGAAGCAUUUACUCAAACUUAACUUCUGACUUGAUGUUUUUGGGAUCAAGAAAAGUCUCUCAGGAGCCUGACUGAGUACAUCUCACACUUCCAGGAUCCAGUAUUUUACCUUUCAGGUGCGAAACAGAACAAAAAGGAAAUUGGUUCGUCUCAGCCUGCAGAAUAUUCAAAGUGUCCGACAGAGACUGGCAGUAUCCUGUAUUCUUCUUCUUGUCAACAAAUCCCAUGAAAACCCAGCGAUGUGUCAGUGUCAGUACUCUGUGUGUGUGUAACAACGGAGCUCUGGGACACAGAGGAAUAGGAUAUAUCAGGCUUUGCUACACACACAACACUGUUGAUUCUGAUCUUUUGGUGGGAUUUGUUGAGGGUAAGAGUCCAGAGAGUGGUUUGUCUCUCGCCUGUUCGCUCUCAUUGGAAUAAUGUGAGCACAUAAAGGAAGCAGAUUCUGCCUCUAUGCUGUAUUUGUUUUUAAAGCUGCACAAGGCAACGUUGCAUUUAAACGGCGCCCCCUGGUGUCUGUAACACGAUGCAAAGUGACGGCUGUGAGUCAGUUUUCCUCUGGACAGACUGCUCUUAUAUCUAAAUCUCAUUUUACUCUCUAAUCUGGCACUUAUAGUUUGUGUGACACUGUAUCACUUUAUUGCACUUUACACACUGCUGGGUAGCUCAGUCCAUAAUAAUACACCAUAAUUUAUUCACCUGAAGAAGAUAAAGGUUUUAGAUAAAGGUAGUGGAGUAAAAAGUGGUACAAGCGCCUCAAACUUGUGCUGAACUGUCGUGAGUAAAAGUACUUAGUUACCUUUUAGUAAAGCAUCUUUCAGGCUGAUACGACACUAAUUUAGUCGGGUUUGUAUGUAGAACUCUUGCCUUGUGCAGCUUUAAGAGUGUCAGUAAAUCUAAAGUACAAAAGCAGCUUUAACUGGAGGAGACGGGUGACAUUUGCACAACAAGAGAACGUGGGGGCACCAUCCU